AUGAAAAGCUUACUGAAACUAACUGUAAUGCUUUGGAUUCAAAGUUCCCUAUCUGGGAGGUACAAUGAGGCACAUGCGGCACUAUGUAAAGAAGAAUUAUCAGCAGCAAUAAACAAAUUUGCGAUUGAUAUGUACAUGGAGUUAUCUGCAAGCCAUCCAGGUGAAAAUGUCUUCUUCAGUCCAAUUAGCAUUACAACUGCUUUGUCUAUGUUGAUGCUUGGAGCCAAAGGGGAGACAAAAUCUCAAAUGGAGGAUGUACUCUAUACAACCGGUCUGAAGAAAUGUCUUCACGACACAUACCAAUUUUUUGAUAAAAAUCUUUAUGGAGGCGUAGGAGGACCAAUUCUUGAGUCAGCUAACAAGCUAUUUCCUGAUCAGACUUUAGUUGUAAAUGGGCGUUUUAAAAGAGACAUAGCCAAAUAUUAUAAUGCCACUGUUGAGGGGCUUGAUUACAGAGAUUCAGCUGCAAGCCGUGCGAUCAUAAACGCCUGGGUGUCAAAGCAGACCAACACAAUGAUACCAAGUGUGCUACAUCCAAGUUCAAUUAAUUCAAUUACAGUCAUGGUGCUAAUUAAUGCUAUUUACUUCAAAGGCAACUGGCUCAACAAGUUUGACAUAUCCGAUACAUCUGUUGAGAGUUUCACAACUGAAUCUGGUGGCAAAAUCAAUGUUAACAUGAUGUAUCAAGAAGAUCUGUUUAACCAUUACUACGAUAAUGAUCUCAAAGCACAAUUUCUUGAACUGCCCUAUGUAGUAGGAAAAAAUGAUGGAAGUGUUGACAUUCGCAUGGUUAUUAUUCUCCCAGAUGCCAAAGAUGCUAUUAAUGACCUUCAAAACAAACUCACACACGAAAAACUUGCGAAAGCUUUAGAUGAGCUCCAGUAUUGGCCUACACCUACAUAUUUACAUGUGCCAAGAUUUGAGUCCAGGGAGAACUACGAGCUUCACUCCAUUCUGGAAGCUAUGGGAAUGGACGAGUUGUUCUCUGCAAGUGUUAAUCUGGAUGGUUUCAGUACUGAUCCCAGAGUGGAUGUCUCAACUGUUCUACAUGAGGCAGCAGUGGUUAUCAAUGAAAAUGGUACGGAGGCUUCUGCAGUUACUAACGUAAUAGGAGGGAGAUCAGGUUAUAUCCCUGAUCCUGCAACUGUCAAAUGUGACAGGCCAUUUCUGUUCCUCAUCAGGGAGGUGAAAGAGGAAGUGGAUGGAUGGGCAAUGAAAACUAUUCCUGGACCAAUUUUAUUCUUUGGGAAGGUUUCCCAUCCAAAGGAGGUGCAGAAGGCUGUAUGCAAUGGAGGAAAUCUAGACAAAUGCAGAGAUAAAUGUAGGAUUAAAUGCUUUGAAGCAAAUAAGAAGCGAACGGACAAAGCCAAAAAGGCCAGGAAUGGGAAAUGCCCCACUUGGGUAGGCUUAAUGAAAGCUUACAAAAAAUGCAAGAUCGAUUGUCGCGUGAAGGAGUGUACAAAUAAAUGUUGA